AUGUGGCUGGACAGCCAGGAAUAUGGGGUGGGAUUGCGACUUGAAACUGUGAUAACAGUGUUUAAUAUAGAGUUCAUCCGACCUCUCCAGGUGGAGUUGGUGAAUAUUGGAGGAACAGACAUCGUUGAUGGAAAUCACAAGCUGACGCUGGGGCUGCUGUGGAGCAUUAUCUUGCACUGGCAGGUGAAGGAUGUCAUGAAGAACAUCAUGUCAGAUUUGCAGCAGACCAACAGUGAGAAGAUCCUGCUGAGCUGGGUUCGGCAGUCCACGAGACCUUACAGUCAGGUCAAUGUUCUGAACUUCACCACAAGCUGGGCAGAUGGACUCGCCUUUAAUGCUGUCAUCCACAGGCACAAACCUGAGCUUUUCAGCUGGGAUAAAGUUCUGAAGAUGUCCCCAGUUGAGAGACUGGAACAUGCUUUCAGCAUAGCAAAGAACCACUUGGGAAUUGAGAAACUGUUGGAUCCUGAAGAUGUUGCUGUACAGCUUCCAGACAAAAAGUCUAUUAUUAUGUAUUUAACCUCUUUGUUUGAGGUCCUUCCUAAGCAAGUCACUAUGGAAGACAUCCGGGAGGUGGAGACCCUUCCAAGGAGAUACAAGAAGGAAUGUGAGGAUGGAGAGUUCAACAUGCAGCAGGCUGUAGCACUUGAAGAGGAGCAGGGCAGUUCUAGAGCAGAGACUCCCAGCACCGUGACAGAAGUGGAUAUGGACUUGGAUAGCUACCAAGUUGCUCUGGAAGAAGUUCUUACGUGGUUGCUGUCAGCUGAGGAUGCAUUUCGGGAACAGGAGGAAAUAUCUGGUGAUGUUGAAGAAGUCAAAGAGCAAUUUUCCACUCAUGAAGCUUUUAUGAUGGAACUGACAGCGCACCAGAGCAGCGUGGGCAGUGUUCUGCAGGCUGGAAAUCAGCUGGUGGCCCAGGGAAAUCUAUCGCCUGAAGAGGAAUUUGAGAUUCAGGAGCAAAUGCUGCUGCUGAACUCGCGCUGGGAGGAGCUCAGGGUGGAGAGCAUGGACAGGCAGUCCCGCCUGCAUGACAUGCUGAUGGAGCUCCAGAAGCAGCAGUUGCAGCAGCUGUCCGACUGGCUGACGGUCACAGAAGAACGCAUUCAGAAGAUGGAAUCUCAGCUCGUGGCGGAAGAUUUGGAGUCCCUUCAAAAACAGCUGGAAGAACAUAAAAGCCUGCAGAAUGACCUAGAGACAGAACAGGUGAAGGUAAACUCCCUAACACACAUGGUUGUCAUUGUUGAUGAAAGCAGUGGGGAAAGUGCAACAGCUAUUCUGGAGGAACAAUUGCAGAGGCUUGGCGAGCGGUGGACAGCAGUUUGUCGUUGGACUGAGGAACGACAGGUCAAGUUGCAAGAAAUUCAGCUUUUAUGGCAGGAGCUGCUGGAAGAGCAGUGCUUAUUGAAAGCUUGGUUAACUGAGAAAGAAGAGGCUUUGAGUAAGGUCCAGACAAGCAACUUCAAAGAUCAAACAGACCUGAGUGUGAAUGUUCGAAAACUAGCAAUUUUGAAAGAGGACAUGGGUAUGAAACGGCAAACACUAGACCAGCUGAAUGAGCUAGGUCAGGAUGUGGCCCAGAUCCUUGGGAAUGGCAGAGCAUCCAGUAAAAUCGAUCAGGAUCAAGAAGAACUAACUCAGAGGUGGGACAGUUUGGUUCAGAAGCUAGAGGAUUACUCUAACCAGGUAACUCAAGCUGUAGGAAGCGUAGGGAUGUCACAGGUUUCACAGAAGACUGCUGCAGAAACAACACCAUUGAAGGAACAGGUAGUAGUUAAACAAUCCAGACAGGAGUUGCCCCCACCACCACCCCCAAAGAAAAGGCAAAUCCCAGGGGACAGUGGAGCAAAGAAAAAGUUUGAGGCUGAAAGUGCUGAGCUCUUGAACUGGAUUUCAAAAUCAAAAUCCGCCAUUCAGGCCACAGACAUCAAAGAGUACAAGAAGAUGAGGGAGACUUCAAACAUGAAAGAAAAGUUGAAGGUGAUAGAAAAAGAAAAGGUUGAAAAAAGCCAAAAGUUAGAUGAACUGAAACGAAGUGGACAUAUUCUUUUGGAUCAAAUGGGAAAGGAGGGACUUUCUGCAGUGGAUAUAAAAAGUGUGAUGGAGAAAAUAUUGUCAGGGUGGAAAGAUGUGGUUCAACUUCUGGAAGAAGUGGCCAGAAAGAUAAAGUACCAGGAAGAUAUAAAUGCUUACUUUAAGGAAAUGAGCGAGCUUGAGAAGACUGUAAUUGAGAAGGAUAGCUGGCUUAAAAAUGACGCUUCUUCAGCAUCCCAGCCCUCAGCAGUCCUGAAAGACUUAUGUCAGCGGGAGUUAACUCAUCUUGUAAGUCUGAGUUCACGGCUGGAACACCUGAAAGCCACCUGCAAGUCACUCACCUCUCAGCCCAUGCCUCCAAACUUCAUUCAGGAGAGCUUGAAUGGUUUUCUUGAUCACUUCAAGUCGACUCGUCAGAAACUAGAGGAAUGUCACCAGCGGCUGAAGAAAG